AUGAAUGACGUAGCUGAGGAGGAUAGAGGGGGAUUGAUUGAGCUACACAGCUACUGCACCAGCGUAUACGAGCAGGGCGAUGCUCGCUCUGCUCUUAUUGCUAUGGUGCAGUCUAUAAGCCAUGCAAAAAAUGGUGUGGACGUUGUGUCCGGCACUCGCGUCAAGUCUCACUUUGCCAAACCCAAUUGGCGAGCUGUUUACAAACGCAUUGCACUUAAUCAUCCGGAAGCAAGAGUUGGUGUAUUUUACUGUGGGCCAUCCACCCUGACCCACGAGCUUCGCCAGCUAUCAUUAGAUUUCUCUCACAAUACAUCCACGAAAUACGACUUUCAUAAAGAAAAUUUCUGA